CCAGCGUCCACGGCGCCGCGAGGUGGCGGCUUCCGGCAACCCCGAGCUCAGUUAGGAAAGCUUAGAUGCUGCAAUGAGUCGUCACUUACAUGUUUGGCUUUUCAGACACCUGUGUCUUAAUCAUCACCACCAGUGCCACAUCCACUUCUAUUCUCAACUUCAAGAGAUACAUCGUGAUACGAGAUUGUGGAUUUCUAGACAAAACCAGAAUCACCUUCUCCGUCAUCUGUUAAAUAAGAAUUGGUCCAAGAGAUAUUGUCAUUCCAGGAUGCCUUGGAAGCAUAAAGCACUGCAAAAGUAUUUGGAGGAUGUGAAUAAGGAGUUCCAGACACUAGAUCAGAGUUUGCAGCACAUACCUGUAAAUGAAGGCAAGCGAAGGGCCUUGAGUCAACGGCAUUCUGAGUUGGCACCCCUUGCAGCCAUUUACCAAGAAAUUCAGGAGGCUGAGCAAGCAAUUGAAGAAUUAGAUUCAAUGUGUACAAGUCUAAAUAAACAAGAUGAAAAACAGUUAAAAGAUCUUGCAUUGGAAGAAAAGCAAACCAUGGCUCAGAAAAUCAACAUACUGUACAAUGAGCUUUUCCAGAGUCUACUGCCAAAAGAGAAGUGUGACGAAAAUGGUGUUAUCUUAGAGGUGACAUCUGGAAGAACUACUGGCGGAGAUAUCUGUCAACAGUUUACCCGGGAAAUAUUUGACAUGUACCAGAAUUAUGCAAAUUAUAAACACUGGCAAUUUGAACUUCUGAAUUAUACCCCAGCUGACUACGGUGGGCUGCAUCAUGCAGCUGCCAGAAUUUCAGGUGACAAUGUCUAUAAGCAUUUGAAGUAUGAAGGUGGGAUCCACCGAGUUCAGCGAAUCCCAGAGGUGGGCCUGUCGUCCAGGAUGCAGCGCAUUCACACGGGAACAAUGUCAGUUAUUGUCCUUCCUCAGCCAGAAGAGGUAGACGUGAAAGUGGAGCCUAAGGACUUGCGAAUAGAUACAUUUCGAGCCAAAGGAGCAGGAGGACAGCAUGUUAAUACAACUGAUAGCGCCGUCAGACUUGUCCAUGUACCCACAGGACUUGUAGUAGAAUGCCAACAAGAACGAUCACAGAUAAAAAAUAAAGAAAUUGCUAUGCGUGUGUUAAAAGCUAGACUAUACCAGCAGAUUAUUGAAAAAGACAGGCAUCAACGGCAAAGUGAAAGAAAACUGCAGGUGGGAACAAGAGCCCAGUCAGAAAGAAUACGAACAUAUAAUUUCACCCAAGAUAGAGUCACGGACCACAGGAUAGCAUAUGAAAUUCGUGAUAUUAAGGGAUUUUUAUGUGGGGAGAAGUGCCUGGAUCAACUAAUUCAAAAACUGCUUCAAUCAGCAGAUGAAGAAGCCAUCACUGAAUUUUUAGAUGAAAAUCUUAAAUCAGCAAAAUAAGUUUUUAUUUUGAUAAUUAAUGUUUUUUUGUUUGAUUUAUUAUAUAUAAAUGAAAUAAUAAAAAGACAUAGACAUCAAGAAGCAAAAUGAAUGGAAAUCCUUUUGACAUCUCAUACAGCUAAAAGUACUCAGUAUUUAUAAUUUUUUCUUUGUUUUUGGGCCAUACCCAGUAUUGCUCAGGAGUUACUCCUGACAGUGGUCGGGGAAACCAUACAGAGUGCCAGGGAUCAAACACAGGUCAGCCGUGUGCAAGGCAAAUUUAUUUAUUUAUUUUGGUUUCGAGGCUACACCUGUCUCUGCACUCAGGAAUCACUCCUGGCAGUGCUCAGAAGAUCAUAUGGGAUGUCUGGGUCAAACUUGGGUCUGCCCAAAUGCCUUGUCCACUAUACUAUGUCUCCAACCCUUCCCCCAACUUUGUUGUUUUUAUUAUUGUAAUUUAAGCACAUUUUUCAUCUAUUCAGAAAUUUGCCACAUGGUAAAAUUUAGUGAUUACAGAUUGUAAACUUUGUGAACCUCUAUUUUAAUGUAAAGCUUAAUCAUAUUAGAGAACUUAAUCUACUAUUUUUGUGUAAAAGUGGUAAAGACUAAGUCAAUAUCAGCAAGCAUCUUUUUUUUCUUUUUUUUUUUUUUUUUGCUUUUUGUGUCACACCCAUUGAU